AUGAAUCGUGCUCGAAAGCCAGAACCGCCGUCGACUCCAUGCGCUCGGCGCGAUUUUCGAGGCACCACUACCGGACGCCGCCCGGGGCUCCCAUCGCACAACCGAAACGGAAAUGAUGCUAAUGCAACUUAUCCCAUUCCUAAUAAUCGUGUUGGCAGGCAUUUGAGCCCCGCUUGUGGAAAAUAUGGAAACCGUCCGCUCACCGCAAAACCGCGAAAACGUCUCAUCAGUCGCCGUAGGAACCGCCUGUGGUAUGAAAACGCACUCGCUGAUGCGAAAAUAGUCCGGAGUCCGCUAUGGGAACACCUUGACGAUUCCGACGAUGCGGCAGUUUUUGAGGGGUGGAACUCAAAAAUGCGGAGGCCCCGGAAGAAUUUUUUCUACCACGGGGCCGGGCAAAGUUUCGAUGGUGCUGAAGUGAUUGAUUCCCUAUUCAUGUUGGCGUGGAUGGAAGAGCAGAUGGGGAGAAGGAAGAAACAGGAGGGAACUCAAGGUGAUGGAAACGCAACUAUUUUUCGAGGCGGGUCCGCGGAGAAUAACGUUGACCGCAAGGCUAAUAAUGUAAAAGGGAAAGAACAACAGCAGCAACUGGUCAAUGAGGAGUCGAAACGCCACGAAACUCAUCCCACCGUGAGGGAAGAUGAAACAGACCACAACCCCGUGGAGUGUCAAGGGUAUAAUAGGAGUAGGACCGGUGAAAGUCUUGAGUUGACGCCGAAUUCGUGUGAUAUAUCGUUCAAAAGCAUGUUUAGCACCAGAUCGAGGAAACGUAGCGGACGUGGGGAUCGCCUACGGUUUUCAUGCGCCAGUUUGUACAAGGAGUAUAGCAACAUCAACACUGAGGAAUGCGAAGAGAAAGGGGUUGGUGAGAUCCGUGUGAUGGAAUGCGCGCGACAGCUUGGAAAGGCUGCUGAGGAGCAAUUACAGGAGGGAAGCCGUGGGAGCCGCCGUGUUAUGGACUCCACUUCUUGCGGUAUUCGUGAACUUCAUUCCAUUCAAUUAGCAGAACUACCCGAUAGUGUUGUGAAAUGCCCCUCGGGAAGGCGACAGAGCGGAGAGCAUAUGUUACCCAAACUUGUAAAGGGGCGUGGGGAAACAAUCCACAACACCAGCGAGGGAACGGCACCCCUCUCCGUUCUUCGUAAAAAGCUGACCCACACCAGGGGACAUAAGACUUCGGUAUCUGACAAAACCUAUCCACAGAAUGCUCCGUUCAUAACUAAGGGACAAAAGUCUGCCACACUUCGGAACAAGGAAGGGGGAGGAGAUGUGAGCACAACGAAUCAACCAGAUAGUUCAUUAGGUGUUACGACCCAACGGCAGGGCAAAGGCAGAAAUGUAAGCAGCAAAUCCACUCACGGGAACGCUUCAACGUUUACGUUGAGCAACAUAUUUGUCAACCAUAUGGGAUCAUUUUCAUCCUCAGUGUCACCACUAGCCCCUCAUCUCCGGAAAAAGGAACUUUCCACGGGAACUCAGCAACGUAGCGGUCGUUCCAAAAACGAUACGCACUGCGAAGGCUCGGUUCGGUCACGAGCUCCCCAGAAACUGAAACGUAUCGUGUACCCCGAGUUCUUAAAUGCACAAAGUGGUGGUGAACACCGGGAAGACAACCAUAUCACCACGAUUCAAACGCCCCGUUCAUGUGGGAGUGGCUAUUUUGUGAAUUGUGAAGGCAUGAGGUCCACCUCCGUUUCAUGUAGUCGUCAUAUGGGAGGCGGCGCUAAAGACUCCAGCAUUUCCACUUUUGAAGAUACAUUUUGCUGCAGAGGCAGUUCUCUCCUGCAAGUGAUGUGCAACACAGACAAAAAUUACGCUACAGAUCGGGAGCAGACAAACUCCACUGGCAAUUUAUGCUCUAGUGUGAACCCAUAUUACUUUUAA